AUUUAUAAAACUGCUAACUCAGUAACAAGCCGAAUGUAUCACAUGACAGGCUGGGAUCCCGUCCGUACCACACCCACCCAUGUCGACCACAACGACUAUCACUCCAGAGGAAAUCCAAGCUUUGGACCUAUACCUCUCCACUGCUCCGAAAAUGGAAUACAUCUGCAUUGCUGCUUUAACACUCUUUACCUGGGACCUGAUCUUAACUUUUCCCCACGAGGUUAGAUUAUGGAAUACCAAAUGGACGCUUGCAAAAGCUCUGUUUUUCGUGAAUCGAUACUUUGCGCUUGGGGCAGCCAUCUUAAUGACAUUCUUAACGUUCGACGUUGCACCGACAUGGGCUAUGUGUUCUGCAAAUGCCUUCUUCGCUGUCAUCGCUUUAUUACUAGUGGCUAACAUCGAAAUGAUUCUCCAACUUCGAUUGUACGCGUUGUAUGCAUAUGACAAAAGAAUUGUCCUCCCUGUGUCGGCAUUGUUCAUCAUGGUCUUCAGUGGUAUGAUGGUGAUGGCAGUGGUCAUAUACCAGUACGAGAAGAACCACGAAACCCAGAUCUUUGGCGCGUGCGCUAUCCUUGGGUCUGUAGAUUGGCUAUAUCUUUUCUGGGUACCAAUGAUGGGCUUAGACUUUGUUCUUGUGGUGUUGGCAGGCUACAAAUCCCUUCAGCACUAUUUCCAGGUACCAGACAAGUCCUGGUCCGGUGCGCGUCUCAUGCGUACCUUCGCGCGAGACUCGAUUCUUUAUUUCCUCUGUAACUUUUUGAUAUACCUAUUCAGCACCUUGCUGGGCAAAUUCGGUCCUGCUGAGUAUUAUCAACUUGGCGCGAUCACAAUCACAGUUGUCCCACCUGUAUCGGCGAACCGUCUUCUCAUCAACAUGUAUGACUCGGCACACCCCGAGCAAGUGGGAGAUAGAUUGAGAAUACACCACGAGGACAUAGAGCUCAAAGUGCGCCAUAAGGACAUAGAGCUCGCAUCCAUAAGUAUGGAGGGUUCGCUUGAGGUGGGAGAGGAUUUAUGUCGGACGCUCUGGGUGAUUGAAUGCAGCAUCUUUCGCAUAGACGCGACGUCAGCCUGAGAGCUAACGACACAUGUCUUGCUCCUUCGGUGACUAAGUCUCGACACCAGAUGUUCUAAAAAUCCGGCCAAUGUUCGGAAGCGCUCGCGCCGGAGUUUUCUCCGAUUCCUAAACCGAG